UCACUCUCCCCCAUCCCCACCACCGCGAGCGAGGGAGCGCGCGCAAGGCUUGCCCUCCCCCUCGAGACGGGAGAGAGCGCGUGCUUCGGCGGGAAAACACGCACCCAAGCGGCGCGCGCCUUUUUGAGAGGGGGAGGGGUGGGCUCCCUCAGUGAGGCGCUCGGAAUGCAGCGGCAGGAGCAGCAGCAGCGGCGGGCGGGGAAGCCCCCUCUCUCCUUCUCUUCCUUACGCUCUUUACCUCGAGGCUCAGUUGCGCGGAGGGGGGAGUAACAGCCGAGGAGGAGGAGAAAGAAGAAGAGAGGCGGGGGCGCGGGCGGGAUAGCGGAACCGCGGCGGCGGCGGCGGCGGGUGAGGGAGAAAGAGGCGGCAUGCUGCAGACGCCCCUCGCGCUCCCUCACUCUCCGUCUCUCUCCAGUCUGGCCUGACGCAGGCAGGCGGGGGGAGAGCGAGAGAGAGAGCGCGAGGGUGGGCUUCCGAGGAUGGGGGCUCCCUUCCCGUAGGAAGGAGUGAGUAGCAACAGCGGCAGCAACAGUCCCUCGGCAAAGUUGGCGCGAAGUGGGACGCGGCGGGAAGGGGGGAGAGGUGGCUGCGCCGGCGGCGUUGGCGGCGGCUCCCUUCGAGGAUGGGGACGCUGCGGGAUUUGCAGUACGCCUUGCAAGAGAAGAUCGAGGAGCUCCGGCAGCGGGACGCGCUCAUCGACGAGCUGGAGCUCGAGCUGGACCAGAAGGACGAGCUCAUCCAGCGGCUCCAGAACGAGCUGGACAAGUACCGCUCCGUGAUCCGCCCGGCCACCCAGCAGGCGCACCAGGGGCCCGGAGCAGCCCUGCCGGGAGGAGGCGGAGGCGGCGGUGGGGGCGGAGGAGGAGGAAGCGCAGGCGGAGGAGGGGGCGAGCAGCGGACCAAGCGGCAGGCCAUCUCCGCCGAGCCCACCGCCUUCGACCUCCAGGACCUCAGCCACGUCACCCUGCCCUUCUACCCCAAGAGCCCGCAGUCAAAGGAUUUAAUAAAGGAAGCUAUCCUUGACAAUGACUUCAUGAAGAAUCUAGAACUGUCUCAAAUCCAGGAGAUUGUGGAUUGUAUGUAUCCGGUGGAAUAUGGCAAGGACAGUUGCAUCAUUAAGGAGGGAGACGUGGGUUCACUGGUCUAUGUCAUGGAAGAUGGAAAGGUUGAAGUGACAAAGGAAGGUGUAAAAUUAUGCACCAUGGGGCCUGGCAAGGUAUUUGGGGAACUCGCUAUCCUUUACAACUGUACCCGGACAGCCACCGUCAAAACUCUCGUAAAUGUGAAACUCUGGGCUAUUGAUCGGCAAUGUUUUCAAACAAUAAUGAUGAGGACUGGCCUCAUCAAGCAUACAGAGUAUAUGGAAUUUUUAAAAAGUGUUCCGACAUUCCAGAGCCUCCCUGAAGAGAUACUCAGUAAGCUUGCUGAUGUCCUCGAAGAGACACACUAUGAAAAUGGAGAAUAUAUUAUCAGGCAAGGUGCUCGAGGGGACACUUUCUUCAUAAUCAGUAAAGGCAAGGUAAAUGUUACUCGUGAAGAUUUGCCUGGAGAAGAGCCAAUCUUCCUCCGAACUUUAGGAAAAGGAGAUUGGUUUGGGGAAAAAGCGCUCCAGGGGGAAGAUGUCAGGACGGCCAAUGUUAUUGCAGCUGAAGCUGUUAUGUGUCUCGUCAUUGACAGAGACUCCUUCAAACAUUUGAUCGGAGGCCUGGAUGAUGUUUCCAAUAAAGCUUAUGAAGAUGCCGAAGCAAAAGCAAAAUAUGAAGCCGAAGCUGCCUUCUUCGCCAACCUGAAACUUUCUGACUUCAACAUCAUUGACACCCUUGGAGUUGGAGGUUUUGGAAGAGUUGAGCUGGUCCAGUUGAAGAGCGAUGAAGCAAAAACAUUUGCAAUGAAGAUACUAAAGAAACGCCACAUAGUGGACACAAGGCAGCAAGAGCACAUACGCUCAGAGAAGCAGAUAAUGCAAGGAGCUCAUUCAGAUUUUAUUGUGAGGCUAUACAGAACAUUCAAGGAUAGCAAAUAUUUAUAUAUGUUGAUGGAAGCUUGUUUAGGUGGAGAGCUUUGGACAAUUCUCAGGGACAGAGGUUCUUUUGAAGAUUCUACAACAAGAUUUUAUACAGCAUGUGUGGUAGAAGCUUUCGCCUAUUUGCAUUCCAAAGGAAUCAUUUAUAGGGACCUCAAGCCAGAAAACCUCAUCCUAGAUCACCGAGGUUAUGCCAAACUGGUUGAUUUUGGCUUUGCAAAAAAAAUAGGAUUUGGAAAGAAAACAUGGACAUUUUGUGGAACUCCAGAGUACGUCGCCCCAGAGAUCAUCCUGAACAAAGGUCACGACAUUUCAGCAGACUACUGGUCACUGGGAAUCUUAAUGUAUGAGCUCUUGACUGGCAGUCCACCUUUCUCAGGCCCAGAUCCCAUGAAAACGUAUAACAUCAUCCUAAGGGGGAUUGACAUGAUUGAAUUUCCAAAGAAGAUUGCCAAAAAUGCUGCUAAUCUAAUUAAAAAACUAUGCAGGGACAACCCAUCAGAAAGAUUAGGUAACUUGAAAAAUGGUGUCAAGGAUAUUCAAAAGCACAAGUGGUUUGAAGGCUUUAAUUGGGAAGGUUUAAGAAAAGGUACGCUGACACCUCCUAUAGUACCAAGUGUUGCAUCACCAACAGAUACAAGCAAUUUUGAUAGCUUCCCUGAGGACAACGAUGAACCACCGCCUGAUGACAACUCAGGAUGGGACAUAGACUUUUAAUGUAUUUCUCUUACCUGCUUCUGCCUUGCUGAAGACAGCUUCCAGAGACAUGGCUGCCAGCAGACCUGAAGGAAUUGGGAAGGAUUAGUGCUCGGGGUCACCAUGAUGCCUUGAUUGAUGCUGCUACAGUAACUACAGUGGCAUUAGGACUUAUCGCUUAGAUGACAAUAGUGCUCUUCACAUGUUUUCUGUUUGAACUCAACAUAGCAGUUGACAUGGUGGUCCUGAAGCAAAGCCUUUUUCAUCAGUAAUGAAGUGUGUUUUCUAUCACUUUAAUGAACUUGCUAUGCUCCUGUUGUAAUUUGAAGCUGGUAGAAUGAGAUGCACAUAAUUCUAGCUGCAAGAUUGUUUUCUUUCUCUAGUGAAUUCUAUUCUGAAAUGUUCAGUACUGCAGCUGAUUCUACACUGUAGAAUCUACAGUAUGGAAACUGGGGUGUCUCAAAUUGCAAAAAUAAGCAUUUUGUGCCUCUUAAAGUAGGCCAAUGUUUUAAACCAAGGAGGACCACGAAGUUGCUGGUCAAGAAGCUCAUGUCAAAGCAAUGCUAUAAGUUGUCUUUCUUUUCGAGCUGUAUUCAUGACAAGAAUGAAUGUUACCUUCUUCCAUUUUUAUAAUUUCUAAUGUGCUUUUUCCUCCCUCAACUGGUAACAAAAGCACAAAUGCUACAGCAUCUGUUGAACUGUUAAAAGCAAGUAUGGGUCGGUUUAUUCUCACAUGUGUCUGAGAACAUGAUAUAUCUAACAUUUAGUUUUAUUGGUACAGCUUCAUAAGAGCAUGUAGAAAAUUAUUCAUAAAAUUACUUAUUUUACACAUAUAUGCUACUUAUAUUAUACAAGAAAAGGAAAAUGUACUUAUCAAAAGGUCCUAGGCAGAAAAUGACAGCAGCCAACUGGUCUAAUAGGCAUUAAACACUAAGCUUAAAAUAGCAUUUACCUUUUAGAGCUCAAUGAGGGAACAGGCAAGACACACUGCAUACUAUAUAGGUGCUAUGUACAUUUUUCAUCUACAUUGUAAACACCCACAAUCAUUUUUCAGGGAAAAAUGUAGCAAGAGAGAUAAUAGUCAACCAAAAUCUUAAAUAAUUUACACACACAAACACAUCACACACUUUUAAUGCUCCACUGUGACAUUGUCAUUAUUUUGUUUUGCUAUUUUACAUAUCCUCUCAAUCCCAUUAUAAUUGGACUGUAUUCACUCGUUCAAGGAUUUCCUAACUCAGUUCUCCCUCUGUAAUAACUGUAAUCAAUCAAUCUAAAGUAAGGAGUGUGAUGUAGCUGAAACAAGUAACUUCAAAACCCUAUUUCAUUUCAAAGGGAAACCUAAGUCCAUGUUUAUAUGUAUCCAAUUGAAAUUGGUGGGAUUUUAAUAUGCUCUACUGUGGGUCUUUUAACAGAUCAGUGGCACAUUGAUAACGACUAAGAAUAAAUUAUAAAAAUGUAAGUAAUGGCAGCAAUCCCCGAGAAGCCGUCCAUGUCUACAUGACAUCUACCAGCAAAAACAGCCUUAUAAUCAUGAGUCUUAUAAUCCACACUUCAGAAAGAUCACACAAUACAGAAUGAUUUUGAAAAUGAUCUCUUUCGCUCAUGCAGCCAAUUUGCCACCUGCUUAUUCGUCUUUUUAAACAGUUUUCUAAUUUUUCCUCUUAUAAUUUGCCCCCCCCCCGAUUAUUUUACAUGUAUGUUUUUCCUGAUUUCUGCCACAACACAACCCCUUUAUUUGCCUCUUUCAAUAUUUAGAGCUUGCUUUUAAUAGGCUAAAUUCAAACUGAACUACAACUGCAUAGGGUAUAACACUUAUUCAAGAGUAAGUCCCAUUGAACUAAACUCACAUGAACAGAAUUUUAUUAUUAUUAUUAUUAUUAUUAUUAUUAUUAUUAUUAUUAUUAUUAUUACCCUGCCUUUCUCCCCAUAGGGACUCAAGGCGGCUAACAAAUAAACAUACCCAAUAAAAAUAUAAAAUAAGAGAUAGACAUUUUUUUAACAAAUUAAACAUAUGUGGAUAGAAAAGUUAAAAUACAGUUAAAAUUAAAAUUAAAAAUUAAAAUGAUUUUCAAUGGCCACUAUCCCCCCAAAUCCCACCCAAAACCUCUCCAGUAAUGUGUCCCUCAUCAUCCCCCAAAUGCAUGACGGCAGAGAUAUGUCUUUACCUGCCUGCAAAAGGCAAGCAAGAAUGGGGCCAUCCUGAUUUCUCUUGGGAGGGAGUUCCACAGUCUGGGAGCAACCACUGAAAAGGAACUCUUCUCAAAAGCAGCUGUGGAAAGUUGCCAUUUAAUUCAACGGGGCAAAUAUUGGUAUCUUUGCUACCUAAAUGCAGCUACCACACAAUGCACUCCUAUGCAUGCUUAUUCAAAAAUAAAUUUCACUUUGUUCAAUUAUGCUAACUUUCAAGUAAGCAUAUCUUAAUCCAAUCUAAUUUAUGAAGUAUAGCAUUUCAUAUCCUGUCUCUAGAUUAUAAAACAAGUUUCAAGCCAAGUAGCUGGCGCUGCAAGACCAUAUACUGGUAAAUAUAGAUCACAGCAGUGGCUUAAAAUAUUAUUAUGUAAGGAAAGCUACACAGCAGUAUUAUCACUAUAGUUUUUCCUCCAAAGAGUUGAUUAUAAAGUAGUUCAGCUGAAGGGGAAAAAACCUUCAGAUCAAAAUCUAGGUUUCCUAAGAUUUAUCAGCUGUUAAGAUCAAUGUUUUGAGUUAUCCCUAGUCUAACAUAAUAGACAAGAACAUGCGAGUUCUGAAGAAAGGAAGAAGAUAUAUUGUUGUCUUCCGUGCAUUCUCACCAAUAAUAGCAUCUCUCUUUCUGAACUCAUUCGUGUUUUACAGGGAUGGAGUACAUCUGGCUUUCCAGAUGUUAGAUUCAAACUUCAUCAAUCCAAGCUAGCAUAAUCGGUGAUAAAGGAUGAUGGGACCCUCAAUCCAAGAAUAUGUAGAGAACCACAAGGGGCCCACCCUCACAUUACAGUCAGCAUGUGGUCUUGUUUACACUUCACUCCUAAUAAAAAAGCAACAAGGUUUCUGGCUUCUAAAAAUGUUUUCCUACUAUUUGCAAACAUGUCAACAAGUUAUGAUGAAAGGAUUACAGGUGAUCAUGUAUACACAACAGAACACUCUGAUCCUAGGGCACACCACUUGGCUUCCAAUGCAUCAGGUGUAGGAAUCUGUGGCAGCACAAGAACCGAACCAUAAAGCAAACCUAUCAGCACAAUUUUAAUGUGCUUCAGAGCUUCCAAGUGUUACAUCACUAUUAAAGCAGCAGAUUCUCCCCUGGCUCACCCCUACACAAGACAAAUCCCACAACUUUCUAGGAGUUGUCUAAGGCAGUUCUGGUCAAAAAUUGCAUAAGCAGGAACUACAAUGCUUCCCUGGAGUGUAUGGCAAAGCUAGAUGGAUCUGUUCAGUUUCCUAAACACUGGUCGUUCUGUGAUUAAAAUGGCAUAAAUAAUAAUGACAUUUGAUAUUAGGGCUGAAACAAUAUUGACCAAAAGUCAUUUCUUUUCUAGAUUUAAGUUGAAAUCACUUCCACAAUGUAUUCCCUGCAUCUCACGUAUGACUAUGUGCCUGUUCUGAAUGAACUUCAAUGCAAAAAAAGUUAUCAUUUGAUUACAGUAAUUUAUUUUUCCCUUGAUUAUAUACAUAAGAAUAUUCUGCCUUUGCCUGAACAGUUCCAGUGAUAAAAAAAACCCAUCCCUAAGCCCUUAGCUGAGAGAUAUUCAGACAAGGACAGUUUCAAAGUGAGCUUUGUAUGAAUUAUUAUGCUUGAUUCCUUCCAUUUAUCCUUGAGCUGCACUCAGUAAUAUGUCCUGGUGCAGUAUGCACUUAAUACAAAUUUAUUUUCUCAUUAUGAUUCACUUACAUCUUCUUUACUAAAAUGUGUUUUAAAGAACUUGAAAUUAGCAUAUGUAUAUUAGUAAACUUUGCAUUUAUAAAUAAUAUAUUUCAUUUACAUAUAUAUAUAUAUAGACACAAACAUACAUAUAUCACCUACAUUCAUGUUUCAAUGCACUGUCUCUUAGAACUGCUCCAUAUGUUACUCUCUCUGCAGAUCACACCACAAAAAAAAAUGGCAUCCCGUGUGUGAAUUCUCUACCCCCAGUUGUAACUUGAAGUUGUAACUCAACAUAUGAAGCAAGAUUGUAUUGCCGUAAGCUUCCCAAGUCCCACUGCACACAUUAGCAGCCACUGGCAGUUACCGAAAAAUGAAUUGCUCAGUUGGCCCAAUCUAGAUGAGGAACUUCAGUUUACAGCUUGGUGGGAUAAACCUGCUGUAUUAGGCAGAAAGUGCCUGGCAAAAAAGCAGACUAUUUAUUAUCUAUAUAGCUGCCGUCCUCAGAUAACCUUGUUCAUGAAUAAUAUUUGUGCAUUUUGGAAGGGUCUACUUCCUACUAAUUCUGUCAGAUGGAGAUCUCUACUCCCCUUUAAAUACGGGACAAUACUGUAUCUCCAUUUUGAAAAAAUGCUGUCAUAUUGAAGAUGUUUGUUAGAACUGGGUUCUAAAGGUACAGAUGAGCUUAUUACAGUGCUGCAUUAUCCACGGAAAAUUCUUAUUUAAUAAUAGGACCACAAGCAAAUAUUUAUGUAAAUAGAUUUUUUUCGUGUUGAUAUUUUGUGGUACACAUAAUAGCUUUUGAUUUAUAACUUCAUUGCAUUAUUCCUUCCUUUUUCUUAUUUGUAAGGUAAUGUUUUUAGAUCAACGUAGACUUGAAUUAAUGUCAUAAUUGUCAGUAUUACUGAAACUUCUGUCAACUGUACCGUUGUCCAUCUGUCCCAUAGUUUAGAACCUCAUCUAGUUAUUUGGCAUUGUUGCAAGUGCCUUAAAUUCAUGGCAUCCUAUUUAAAAAAAAUACAGAUUUGGUGUUAUGCUGCAUGACAAAGACAAAGACACCUCAAAAUGUUGUCCUUUCUUAGCUUGCUGCGUUUUACAGUUCUUUCGGCUAACAGUUUAUAAGCCUUUAUUAUAUAAUAUUGAUGAAUUACAGAAAUGAUGAAGUUGUUCUCUUAUUUCUGUUAUAAAUGUACCAGAGCUGUGUAUCUGUUAAUGAGAUACAGCGUCAUUUCUGUGAAAUGUAUAAAUGUAUGUGCAGGUCAAAUUAAUAUAUGACAUACUAUCAGUCUGUAUACAGGUAUUCCUGUUUUGCUAAGCUGUGCAAAUUUUAAAACUGUAGUGCAGUAAAAGUUCUAACAUAUCACGUUUUAUAAUAGAUGACAUUGCAAAAACCUUCCAGUCAGACCAAUGAUUAGCAAAUUGACUGAAAAUUUGACACCAAACAAAAAUCUUAGUCUUAUCAUCAUGAAACCAAUGAUUGCAAAAAAGAAAAAGAAUAAAACUUGUUGCACCACUGAACAAAACAGGACCAAUGUUUUCUAUUGGUUGGAUCCUGAUUUAACUUUCAGUGGACCUCAUUGUCAAGUUAGUCCUAACUAACUUAAGUCCUGUUGCUUUCCAUGGGUCUACUCUAAGAAGGACUAAAGCUGAAUCCAACCAUACGUUCAUGUAUAUGCAAACUGUUUCUGAGUCAAACUCUCAGUAGUUCACCUUGUAAGCAAAACACUGAAAGUGUGUCCUUUGUCCUCUUCCUCUGUGAACAGUUCACCCCACAGCACUGGAACCCUGCUGUUUCGGGCUUUAAUAGCAAAGAGAAAUCCAAUCAAAGUUGCCUACGUAUUCCAACAUACGCUGUUUUUACUGGUGAUUUCCUUUAUAAUCUUAACAACUCUUAUUUCCUUUUGGUUUUCUUCGUACUGAGGCUCCUAGGUGAAAGGGGGAGGAUUUCAUUUAAUGUGUCCAAGAUACACUUUCAUCUAAUGGUCGUUGACCACUUGCACUCUUUUGAUGUAGACUGAAGAAAAACAAACUUUUUAUCAUAAACUUAACUGCUUUUGUUUUGCUCUGUAUUUUCCCUGCAGCUGUAAUUGCCGAGUGCCUGUUGUAUACUUUAUAGAGUUGAAAUUAAAAAAAAAUACUUUUGAA